AUGCCGUCGUGGCUUCACAUACCCUACACCCUUUCCAACGAGUUUUUCUUGGUCAAGAUGCACUCAAAAGCCCUUAGCAAGGGCAAUGUCUAUGGAAGGGUCGGUAUCUGUAACGUUCGUCACUGCCGGAACUACCUCGUACACCCUCCAAGAUCUAUCUUGAUAGUCAACAAACUGCGAACACAGCCUGUUAUCCUUGCUAUUGACGCGCUCCUUGAGCAUGUUCAGGCCACAUAUCCCAGCGUCAGAGUCUUUCAUGAAGACAGGUCUGAUAUACCCCAUGGAGCUGAGGUAUGGCAUCCUGGGAAGGCGGAACCAAUUGAUCUAGUCGUAACCCUUGGGGGCGAUGGGACGAUCCUGCAUGCAUCAUCACUCUUUAGCGCUGGUGCAGUGCCUCCUGUUCUGAGUUUCUCGAUGGGAACUCUGGGGUUUCUCUUACCGUUCCAUAUUGAUGACUUUGCCAAAGCGCUUGAGAGCGUCUUCCAGGGAAAAGCGACUAUUUUAAACCGCAUGCGUUUGGCGUGUACGUUCUAUGACGAGAACCUAGUCAAGAAGAAAAACAACGUGGAUGACGGCAUCGACUGGCAGGUUAUGAAUGAGAUAGCGCUACACAGAGGUUCCAGCCCCCAUCUCAACACGAUUGAUAUAUUUGUCGAUGGCCAACACUUAACUGAAGCAGUUUCUGAUGGACUCAUAAUAUCUACUCCCACGGGAUCGACGGCAUACUCCUUGUCUGCAGGUGGACCUAUUGUACACCCUUCGUUAAGCGCUUUGGUUAUGACUCCGAUCUGUCCCCGAAGCCUAUCAUUCCGGCCACUAGUAUUCCCUUCCUCGUCCUCGGUCACGUUACGGAUCGGUGAUCGUAGCCGAGCGCCCGCAGGUGUAUCAAUGGAUGGUCGGACUUCCCACGUCCUGCAGCCAGGGGAGUCAGUGAAUAUCCAAGCAUCGCCGUAUCCUGUCCCUUGCAUCAACAGAUCUUCGAUCUCAGACGAAAAAAGCAAUGAGCAACGAAAAGGCGAGGGUGCCGGACCUGGGAAGGAAGACGACUGGGUUCGGGACAUCAACAAUCUGUUGCAAUACAACGCGACUUUUCGAAGCAAGGCAUUGUUGAGACACAGCCGCACUUGA